UUAGCAUUAGCAGCAGAGUUGCUGACUUGCUUUGGUUGGCUUGGCUGCGUCGUUAACAAUGUCGAUUGAGCUCAAGCUUUCCCGGAUUAAUCGAGUUUAUCGUCCUUCUGAACUGGUUGAGGGCAACAUCAUAGUGAAGUCUGCGUCUUCAAUCUCGCACUAUGGAAUUCGCAUCGCGGUUGAUGGAUCUGUCAACUUGCAGGUUCGGGGAGGGACGGCCGGAGUUAUAGAGACUUUGGUUGGUGCUGCCAAGCCUAUUUCGAUUCUCAGGAACAAAAUUGUUGAGCUUAGACCUGCUGGAAAGAUUGCUUCAGGCACGACCGAGAUACCGUUUUCUAUGCAUAUCAGGCAACCAAGAGAAGAUAACCUCGAAAAGUUCUAUGAGACGUUCCAUGGAGGAAAUAUUAACAUUCAGUAUUUAGUGACUGUAGAUAUAUCGAGAGGAUACCUUUAUAAGUCGUUAUCUACAACAAUGGAGUUCAUAGUUGAAAGUGAUAAAGCUGAUGUAAUUGAGCAACCAGUUUCUCCGGAGAUGGUUGUCUUUUACAUUACUCAGGAUACCCAAAGACAUCCGCUACUUCCUCAACUGAAAUCAGGUGGAUUUCGAAUCAUUGGAAAAAUGGCCACUCAAUGUUCUUUAUCGGAUCCCGUUAGUGGUGAACUAACAGUAGAAGCAUCUGCAGUUCCAAUUUCUUCCAUUGAUAUACACUUGCUUCGUGUAGAGUCAAUCCUUCUAGGGGAGAAAAUUGUGACUGAGAAGUCUGUGGUUCAGACUACACAGAUAGCAGAUGGAGAUGUCUGUCAUAAUAUGACUCUGCCCAUUCAUGUUAUACUUCCCCGUCUUUUGACAUGUCCUACAGUCUCAGCAGGGCCAUUCUCGAUUGAAUUUAAAGUUGUCAUAGUCAUAACAUUUCAGUCAGAGGUAGCGAAAUUGCAUUCAAAAUCUGAUCCUACAACUCCCAGACUAUGGCUUGCAAUGGAGACUCUACCGCUUGAACUUGUUAGAACAAGGUAAGAUGAGCUGGACAAAGGUUACAAACAGGAUUGAAACAUCUACAGGGUUCAUUGAACUCCUCCCUUCCCUCAUUUGACCUAUCUUGGUGAGGACUCCCCAGAUGUCAGGCCUCUUGGUAUUUGUGUCAAGUUUUUCGGCUUCAUGCCUCUUGCUGAAAAGAAUAACACAAGCACAUUCGAAAUCUGUGUGGUCAUUUUAGCUUCAUCUAGGCGAGUCCAAUUCUUUGUAUGGGUACCUGCCUUAAGAUGCUGAUCUUUUUGUAAAAAAUGAGUUUGAAACAAGAAAUCUUUGAUGAAUGAACAUCCUUAUUUACCAUGUAUUGUUAGAAUUCUUUAGUUCGGAUAAACUGAUUUUCUCAA